AUGAGUGACAGUAACGAAUUACAGAUUCGAAGAGUAAAUUAUCGUCUUCUAAUUCCAUAUGCAGAAAAUUCAGAAAUACUUGGUCCUAUUAUUGGUUAUGCUAACGAACCACUUCUUCCACUUGUUGAAGCAUGUACACCAUUAGUUCCGAUUGUUUUCGAUAUAUUAAUAUAUGUUUCGAUUGCUCUCCAACAUACUCCAGAUACACCAUCUGAUCAUCUUACUCGUGAUGAAUCAGCUUCAAUUCAUCUAUAUACCAUGGAAUGGAAUGAUGGACAAAGAAGUCUUUAUUCUAUUCUCAAUGAAACUCUUAGAACAACAGAUCAUCAACAUUUACAACCAUGGUUCAAAUAUUUAAAACUUUUUCUUACUGCACUAGUUAAAAUAGAAUGUGCACCACAAAAAACUAUCUGGCGUGGAAUUAGAAGAAAUGUUAGUCAAAAUUUUUCACAUGGAACUAAAAUAAUUUGGUGGUCUUUCUCAUCGUGUACUACAAGUCUUCCUGUAUUAGAAAAUGAUCUAUAUUUAGGUAGUGAAGGUACAAGAACUCUCUUUUCUAUUGAAGCAUUCAAUGCUAGAAAUAUACGAUAUCAUUCUUAUUUUGAUCAUGAAGAUGAAUUAUUAAUGUUACCAGGAACAUGUUUAGAAGUACAAUCAUACUUCAAUCCUGCACCUGAUCUUCAUGUUAUUCAUUUGAAACAAGUGAUGCCUGAAACAAUGUUACUUGAACCUCCAUUCGAAGAAAUAUGCACAAAUCCAUAUAAAUCUUCAAUAAGUUAUAAAAUUGGUAAUUCUCCAGUAUGUGUAAUAGUAGGUGAUUUCAACAAUAAUAAACAACUUGAUCUAGCAAUAACCAAUCAACAAGAUGAUGAAGUUAAUCUAUUGAUUAAUAAUGGAAAUGGAAUAUUCCAAUUUCAGUAUGAAUAUGCAACAGGAACAAAUCCUUAUUCUGUGAUAUCAUAUGAUUUGAAUAAUGAUAGCAAACUUGACUUAGUAGUAGCAAAUUAUUAUGAAGAUUCUGUGAGUAUAUUGCUUGGUAAUAGUGAUGGAACGUUUCAGACUCAAGUGAAAUAUCUAACUGGCGUCUAUCCGACAUGUGUGAUAGCAGCUGAUUUCAACGAUGAUAAUAGACUAGAUUUAGCGGUUACCAACGAGGGAAGUGCUACUGUCAGUAUAUUACUUAGUAAUGGAGACGGCACGUUUCAGAGCGAUAAGGCAUAUCGAACUGGACUUGGCCCAUAUUCUUUAACAUCAGGAGAUUUCAAUAAUGAUAAUAACCUUGAUCUAGCUGUUGCAAACUCAUAUGAAAAAACCGUUAGUAUUUUGAUUGGUAAUAAUGAUGGAAGCUUUCAGAGUCACACGAAAUACAACGCUGGUAAUACUCCUAAAGCUGUUAUAUCAGGUGACAUGAACAAUGACAAUAUAUUAGAUCUGGUUGUAACCAAUUACUACAACGAUAUUGUUAGCAUUUUGCAUGGUAAUGGAGAUGGAACAUUCGAGAAUUAUGUUUACUAUACAGUUGGUGAUGGUCCACAACGAUUAUUAUCAGGCGACUUCAAUCAUGACAACCAUUCUGAUCUGGCAGUAACUAACUAUGAAGAUUCAACUAUCAGCAUAUUACUCGGGUAUGGUGACGGCAAUUUUCAAUCACAGGUAACAUAUACGACAGGAAGGAAACCAUCUUCUAUUAUACUGGAUGAUUUUAACAAUGAUACUAAAAUCGAUCUGGCAGUUACAAAUGAAGCUGACAAUACUAUUACCGUACUCAUCGGCUAUGGAAACGGAAGCUUUCAAUUAUACACAACAUAUCAUACUGGCAGUAAAUCAUCAUCCAUAGCAUCAGGAGAUUUCAACAAUGAUAACAAACAAGAUCUUGCUACAACUAAUUCAGCUGAUAAUACUAUUGAUGUUUUUCUGGGUAAUGGAGACGGAAACUUUUAUGGUGGAAAACAUUUUGGAAGUGGAACUAGACCAUCUUCUCUUUUUUCGAAUGAUUUCAAUAAUGAUCUCAACUUAGAUCUAGUAGUCACUAAUCAAGGGGAAAAUACUGUCAGUUUAUUGUUCGGAAAUGGAGAUGGAACCUUUCAAAAUGAAGUAAGAUAUUUAACUGGUAUGAAUCCAUCUUCAGUAACAUCAGGUGAUUUUAAUAAUGAUAAGUAUUUCGAUUUGGCAAUUGCUAAUUAUGGAGAAAAUAAUGUAAGCAUAUUAUUUGGCAAAGGAGAUGGGACAUUUCAUAAUCAAACCAAGUAUACAAGUGGUAUCAAUCCGAAAUUUCUUACAACAAUUGAUUUGAAUAAUGAUAAUAGACUUGAUUUGAUAGUUGCCAACUAUGGUGAAAAUACUAUUAGUAUAUUACUUGGUACUGAAAAUGGAACCUUUCACAAUCAGUAUCAAUAUAUAACAGGUAUAAAUUCAUCUUCUGUAACAUGUGGUGAUUUCAAUAAAGAUAAUAAAAUAGAUUUAGCAGUAGCUAACUCUGGUAACCAUAGUAUCAGCAUUUUACUUGGUAAAGGUGAUGGAAGUUUUGAAACUGCAAUAAAUUAUACAGUUGGUAGUCGUCCAGAGUCUAUAAUAUCCGGUGAUUUCAAUAAUGAUAACAAAAUGGAUUUAGCAGUAGUUAGUUAUGAUGAAAAUCAUGUUCGAGUUUUGUUAGGAAAUGCAGAUGGAAGUUUUCCAAUGCAGUAUACAUAUGUGACUGGCCGAAAGCCAUUGUAUUUGGUAGCAGGUGAUUUCAAUAAAGAUAGCAAAUUAGAUCUGGCAAUAGUUAAUCAAUUUUCUGAUGAUGUAUCUAUCCUAAUGAACGUUUGUUCUUGA